UAGGCAGAGGAGAUGGAGAUAGAAAACAGCACAGUAGUGACAGAAUUCAUCCUUCUUGGUCUGGCCCAGUCUCAAAAUAUUCAAUUCAUGGUCUUUGUGCUGAUCUUAAUUUUCUACCUCAUCAUCCUCCCUGGAAACUUCCUCAUCAUCCUCACCAUAAGAUUAGACCCUGGCCUCACAGCCCCCCUCUACUUCUUUCUGGGAAACUUGGCCUUCCUGGAUGCAUCCUACUCCUUCAUUGUGGCUCCCAGGAUGCUGGUGGACUUCCUCUCUGAAAAGAAAGUAAUCUCCUACAGAGGCUGCAUCACUCAGCUCUUUUUCUUGCACUUCCUUGGAGGAGGGGAGGCAUUACUCCUUGCUGUGAUGGCCUUUGACCGCUACAUGGCCAUCUGUCGGCCUUUACACUAUUCCACUGUCAUGAACCCUAGAGCCUGCUAUGCCUUGAUAUUGGCUCUGUGGCUUGGAGGCUUUGUCCACUCCAUUAUCCAGGUGGCCUUCAUCCUCCGCUUGCCCUUCUGUGGCCCAAACCAACUGGAUAAUUUCUUCUGUGAUGUGCCUCAGGUCAUCAAGCUGGCCUGCACAGACACCUUUGUGGUGGAGCUCCUGAUGGUCUUCAACAGUGGCCUGCUCACCCUCCUGUGCUUCCUAGGGCUUUUGUCCUCCUACGUGGUCAUACUCUGCCAUGUACGUCGGUCUGCUUCUGAAGGGAAGAACAAGGCCAUGUCCACCUGUACCACUCAUGUCAUUAUUAUACUUCUCAUGUUUGGACCUGCCAUCUUCAUCUACACUCGCCCCUUCCAGGCCUUACCAGCUGACAAGGUGGUUUCCUUUUUCCACACAGUGAUCUUUCCAUUGAUGAAUCCUGUGAUUUAUACCCUUCGCAACCAAGAAGUGAAAUCUUCCAUGAGGAGGCUAUUGAGUCAGCAUGUAGUCUGCUGA